AUGUCAGCCACUAGCGAAUUGGUUGGACUUGCUUCUGCAUUGUUGCAGUCUUCACAGGCCGAAAAGGCACUAGAACUCUUGGCUCCUCACGCCGAAGCUAAGCAGAACGAUGUCCUGUACCUUCAGGCCUUUGGAGAAACAUUGCUCGAGAAUAAUCAGGUCGAAACAGCAUACCAAGUGUUGACCCACGGGUGUGAUCUUGACCCCAAUGCCUCCAAAGGAGUCGAAAAAUUCUUGUACUUGGGGCAAAUAAUCGGAGGUCAGGACGGUAUAAAUUAUAUAGACGUAGGCUUAAGGCGAUUCGAGGAACAGUUGAACAUUGUUACCAGCAACGAUGAGUCUGUAGAAGCGGAUGAGAUCCUUGUAGAGCUUGGUAAAAUCUAUACUACCAAAGAUGCAAUUGCAAAAUACUUAAUUAAGAAGCUAAAUCAAGGUAUAUUCGCCGAAAUAGAGAUCUGGAUGACCGACUUGUGCAUGGAACCAGAAGCAGAAUCGAGGUGCGAUGGCUUGAUUACAAAGUCCUUGGCUAUAGACGAUAAAAACGCUGAAAGUUGGUCCUUAUUGGCAUCCAUUAGAAUCUCUCAACAAAGACCAGAAGAUGCAAAGGAAGCAUUGGCAAAAUCGUGGGAGCUUUUCAACGAAAAGAAAACCGACUUGGAAGAGGCUGCACAACAGCAAACCACCAAUGCUGAUGCUGAUAACUUUGAUGUUGGUUUGGAGUAUGUGGAAUUGUUACAACCCUUAUUAACACUAUCCAAAUUGGCCAUUGAACUGGAACUCUACGAAAUAGCUAUCCAAGCUGCAUCCAGUUCCCAGGACAUAGACGAGUCUUUGCUAGAUGCUUACUAUUACGAGGGGUUAGCCAACUUAUUAGAAGCUAAAAGAUUAUACUGUGUAAAGGAAGGAAAGAAGAAAGAUUAUAGAGAUAUUAAGUUACCUAAGACCGUGGGGGACUCAGAAAUUCAAGCAUUCAUUGAUGAUUCCAGAAUUGCAUUGACCAAUGGAUAUAAAAUUUCUCAGGUUGAUGACUCCGAAGUGGACGAAGAAGUGGUGGAGCAAGUGAAUGAAUUGUUGAAAGAAGUUGGUGGAGUAUUGAUGAGUGAGUUGAUGCCAAAGAGAGCUGGCGACGACGAAGAUAACGGGUGGGAAGAUGAAAUAUAUUCCGAGUAA